CUCCUGUGCCUUUCUCUAAUCUAUAGGUCUGGUUACGAAAGCAUAUGGAACUUAAACACGAGAAUUGUUCUGAAAAGAAAUGAUGACGUAUCUUAGGGACUUGCAUAUACCAACAGCAAGGUCUGUGUUCUAUUUCCCCACCGUUUCCACUUUCUCCUCCUCACCCUUACGGCAUGAGACUUCCGCACCGCCGACCCAAAACCUUUCUUGGGGUCCGGAAACUGCGCGGUCGGUUGCUUGGGUUGUAUUUUUUAGGUAUAAAUACAUAGCCAGCAGAGGCCAAGGCACAAUACGCCCUGACGUGACCAAGUACUCACCUCCUCUUCGGGUUUGAUGGUUUCUAGCUACUCCGUCAGUGUGGACCAGCGCGCCCUGCAAACCAACGCCAUGGCCGCCAACAAGUACACCCUCGCCAACUGCUGCCUGUGCAUCUCCCUCAGGACCGGCUCCCUCAUCAUCGGCAUCAUCAGCCUGGUGUUCAGUCUGGUGGGCGCCGGGUUCAGCAUCUUUGUGGGCGUCACAGGUGGCGCCGAGGGCUGGGUGGACCUGGCCAUCGACCUUGUCCACUUCGCGCUGGCCGUCAUCCUCAUCCACGGCAUCCGCACGGAGCGCGAGGGCCUCCUGAAGGUGUGGAUCAUCGGCACGGGCUUCCUGGUGGGCCUCAGCAUCAUCCUGGGCAUCAUCAUCAUCCUCCUCACUAACUCCAUCGUCGCCGCCAUCCUCCUACUCGUCGUGUCGGCCAUCCAAAUCUACUUCAUCCUGGUGGUCCGCUCUUACUCCCUCACCCUGUCUGCAGGUCCUCCCGUGGUGGCUUAGGGGCCGAGGCGAGGAGGACAGCAGCCCCAGCACGGCGGUGACCCUGGAACGCUACUCGCGCCCGCCAGUCAUCCCGAACGUCGGCGACAUACGCUAGUUGCCGCUUCGAAGUCGCAAGUUUUCUUCAUCAACCGGGAAGCGUGGGGUUACUAUUUAUAAUCAUGAUUCACUAUGCCUAUAUUAGUUUACAGUAACUUAUAGCCUGUAUCGUGAUGCAGAGGUAGUAUAGUAAUAAGCUGCAUAAUAAAAGUCAAUACAUUCAUUUGUGUUUCCUUCCUUG